CUUCGUUUGACCUUAACAUUGACAUAUCUUGCUCAAGGAGAAAGCAUGCGGACAAAACAUCUGGAAUUCAGAAUUGGUAAAUCUACAGUCUGCAAAAUAGUGCCAAAAGUUUGUUGUGCUAUAUGGCAUGCUCUGCAACCUAUUGUGCUUCCCACACAAAAUGCUGAGGACUGGAAAAAAAAAGUGAAGAAUAUAUGCUAAAGUGGCAAUUUCCUAACUGUAUUGGCGCUCUUGAUGGUAGACAUAUGGAAAUUGAGAAGCCUCCAUGUUCUGGAUCACAAUAUUACAACUAUAAGAAAUUCUUUAGUAUUGUGUUGUUGGCGCUCUAUGAUUCAAAUUACAAAUUUACAUGGGUGGAUAUUGGACAGUUUGGUUCUAUCAGUGACGGUGGUGUGUGGAGAAACUCAGAAUUGGCUGCAGAUCUUGCUUCUGGUGACGCCGACCUUCCACCACCAAAACCUCUGCCAGGAAGAGAUGUUCCCUUCCCGUAUGUCAUUGUGGCUGAUGAAGCCUUUCCUCUUAGCAUAUAUAUUAUGCGCCCUUAUGCAAAACGAAAUGGAUUAACAAAUGAGCAA